AAAAAAGAAAAAAAAAGUUCGAAGCAGUACCUAACCCAUUUUUCUGCGACAACCCAGCGAAGGUCGACUUGAUACUGAACUAUUCCCCGGUACCUACCUACGUCCAGUAUUUAACCUCCGUUUCACUCAUUCUUCUAUCAGACACCAAAGAUCACAACAACAUCACAACACCAUGUCAAAGCGCACGGCGGAAACGGAAAGCGGCGACGGCCCUCUGAAGGCCGGCGAGCGCCCCGAAAAGAUGGACAUCGACGAUAACGAGAUGGGCGAGUUUGAGGACGAGUUCGAAGACGAGUUUGAGAGCGAGGACGAAAUCAUUGAAGCUGGUGUUGAUGGUCGGCCAGACGCCGAGAGAGAAGCAGAGGAGAAGGCGGGUGGUGCCAUGGACGUCGAUCAAGGGACUUUUAUCGUGGGAAGAAGCAAAUUGGAGCCUGGUCAGACUCUGGCUCCCGACCUGAGCACGUACCAGAUGCUCCACAGCCUCAACACACCGUGGCCAUGUCUCUCUUUCGACAUCUUGCGCGACAACCUCGGCGACAACCGCAGCGUCUACCCUGCUACCAUGUACACGGUCACGGGAACACAGGCCGAUAGCAACCGGAGCGACGAGAACCAGUUGAUGAUUAUGAAAUUCAGUGGUCUGAGUCGGAUGGAACGCCCAGACGACGAAGAUGAUGAGGAGGACGACGACGACGACGACGAGGAGUCGGAUCCCAUUCUCGAGACCAAGUCCAUCCCCCUCGGGUCGACGACAAACCGCAUCCGCGCGCACCAGAUCCCUUCCCAGGACGCGGGCAGGCCGGCGACGACACUGACGGCGAGCAUGACCGAGUCGUCCAACGUCUUCAUCCACGACAUCACGCCGCACCUCGCAUCGUUCGACAACCCGGGGGCCAUAGUGAGCGCGCAGCAGAACAAGCCGGCGUGCACGGUACGGGCGCACAAGACGGAGGGCUACGGCCUCGACUGGUCCCCGCUGGUCCCCGGCGGCAAGCUCCUGACGGGCGACAACGACGGGCUCAUCUACGUGACGACGCGGACGGACGGCGGCGGGUUCGUGACGGACACGCGGGCGUUCCAGGGCCACACGGGCAGCGUGGAGGAGAUCCAGUGGAGCCCGUCGGAGGCGUCGGUGUUCGCGUCGGCGUCGAGCGACGGCACGGUGCGCAUCUGGGACGUGCGGAGCAAGAGCCGCAAGCCGGCGCUGACGGUCGAGGUGAGCAGGACGGACGUCAACGUGCUCUCGUGGUCCCGGCAGACGACGCACCUGCUCGCGUCGGGCGACGACGACGGCGUGCUGGCGGUGUGGGACCUGCGGCAGUGGAAGGGCGGCGCGGGACAGAAGGCGUCGCCGUCCCCGAUUGCCAGCUUCGACUACCACAAGGAGCAGAUCACGAGCGUGGAGUGGCACCCGACGGACGACAGCAUUAUUGCGGUGGCGGCGGGGGAUAACACGGUGACGCUGUGGGAUCUCGCGGUGGAGCUGGAUGACGAGGAGAGCAAGGACACGGGUGGUGUUAAGGAUGUGCCUCCUCAGCUUCUCUUCGUGCAUUACCUUGCCAAUGCCAAGGAGGUGCACUGGCAUCCCCAGGUCACGGGCAGUCUGGUGGCGACGGGAGACGAGUUUAGCAUCUUCCGGACCAUUAGUGUUUAAAUAAAUCUUGAGGACGGAAGAGGAAGGAAUGAAAGAAAGAAACAGAUGGAGGGUUCUUCACGACACAGGGCCCCUAUUGGAUGGACGAAGGAUCACCCGGGGAUGGUAUAUGGCGAAUCUCUUCCAGGCUUUUACUCGUGCGUUUUGAUUUUCCUUUCGAUGGGAAUACCGAUACUCAUGAUUGAUGAUUGGGAUGGAAUAGACUGCAAAAGCUCCUUGCACACAUUGUUUGCUGGGUCAGAUGGGUUGUGUUGUUAUACGCAAGUCCUCAGAGAUGCCGACUCUUGGUCAUGGUCGGAAGUACCUAUGUAUACCUUGGGUAGGUAAGGUAUUUAAGGAAAAGAUCUCGACGUCCCGAAUAGGUACCAGGUGGGGGUGUUCCUGCCACCAGGAUCCAGGAACGUCAUGACGAACAGUGAAACACCUCCUGUGGUCAUGCGGGGGAGGGGUAACUUCACAGUGGUAAUUCUAGGUGUAUGUCACUGUAUGAAUACGGAGU